AUGAUUUAUACGGACAAUUGUUGUUGUUGCAUUGACUUAAGACAAGGUUGCAUUAUAAUUUCUAUUGUCGAUGUAUUAAUACGCGGCAUUGAUCGAUUUUUCGUGGAUCGUGACUCCCUGCUGGGUUUUGCAUCUGUUUUAAUCAGCGGUACUUAUCUGAUAUCCUGCACAAUUCUACUUGUUGGUUGCAUCUUGACUAUUCGUAGGCUACUGUUGCCCUACUUAUUUGUGGCACUGUUGCACGUUCUCAUUUUGAUCGUUGAAUGCAUUUACGUGGUAAUUGUGGACGAUUUCUAUGAUUAUGUAGUAUUCGACAUAUUUCAGGCAGGUGAGCAUGUUCUGGAUUUAUCUGGAAAGGCUUUCGCCAAAAUUGUCUACUUAGUUCUCAGCUUGUACUUUUGCCUGGUUGUAUAUUCCUAUUAUUAUUCAUUGCGAAGUAACUGAGCUGAUUUCAAAAAAGUAUCUUCAAA